AUGGAAUGGUGUAACCAGAUCACUUCAAUCAAAUAUCUUUUCAAAUACAUUAGCAAAGGCUAUGAUAGAAUAACAGCUUCGGUGUCAACCAACAACAAUGAACCGGUUGAUGAAAUAAAACAAUACUUAGAUUGCAGAUAUAUCUCACCAUGUGAAGCAUGCUGGAGAAUUUACUCCUUUCACAUUCAUGGUAGAAGACCGGCAGUUGAACGUAUGUUUUAUCACUUGGUAGGCGAAAAGGCUGUUUACUACACUGAUCACGAUCGAAUGGAAAAUGUUUUGGAGAAUGCAAGUGUUACUGAUUCCAUGUUUACUGGUUGGCUAUCUACAAACUCAAAGCAUACUGAGGCACAGUCACUCACUUAUGGUCAAUUUGUAUCUAAGUUUGUUUACCACAAAAAAGAAAGGGAGUGGAGGCCCCGCAAAAAGGGAUUCACCAUUGGGAGAUUGAUAUGGGUUCCACCAACAACAGGUGCUGUUAAUCGCCCAGCACACGUUUGGAAGGAAUCAUGGCAGCUGUUAUCUGAUGGUGUCCUACAUGCUCAAAGGCAAUUGGCUUUAAAUACAGAAUUGGUUCUCACAGAUGCCGAAUUGCAACAUUUGACCCUGAUUGAAAUAGAAAAGCUGCUUCAAGAAAAUAAAAGGACACUAAAAGAUUUCAAACCAAUCCCUUAUCCAGAUGGAUAUGUUCUGCAACAAUUAGGUAAUAGACUGAUAUAUGACGAACGCAAUUAUAACAUUGCCAAAACAAAGACAGAAUUCACAAAUCUCUUUCGUGGACUUACAGUUAUGCUAUUGAAGAAAACCAAUUUUGUGAAAGACCUUACUGAUAACCUUGACCUAGAUGAACAGACAGCUAUGUAUCAAAAAAUUAUGUGCGCAGUUGAGUCUCAGAAUGGUGCAGUCUUCUUCCUACAUGGUUACGGUGGAAUCGAUAGGACAUACAUGUGGAGAACACUGGCGGCAACAUUAAGGUCGAAGCAUGAUAUAUGUCUGACAGUCGCAACCAGUGGUAUAGCGUCAUUAUUGUUGCCAGGAGGUCGAACUGCACAUUCAAAAUUUAAGAUACCAGUGCCAACGCUCGAUAAUUCUACUUGCAAAAUUGAGUACAAUAAUGAUGUGGGAGACCUUCUUAGACAAACUAAACUAAUUAUUUGGGAUAAGGCUCCAAUGGCACACAAGCAUACUUUUGAAGCACUAGAUAGAACGCUCAGAGACGUAAUGUCUAAAUACGGUAACUCAAAGGAGAUGUUUGGUGGAAAAGUUAUUGUUUUUGGAGGUGAUUUCAGGCAGAUUUUACCUGUUGUCCCUCGAGGAAGCCGUUCGGAUAUUGUACAUUCUGCCAUAAAUGCGUCUUACAUAUGGAAUUUUGUUCAAGUGUUAACAUUAACCAAAAACAUGCGCCUGCAAUCCGGUCCGACGGAAGAUGAUAAAAAUGAAAUGCAACAGUUUUCUGAAUGGUUGUUAAGAAUUGGCGAAGGAAAAGUAUCUGAGCCCAAUGACGGUGUGACAAAUUUUGAAAUUCCACUUGACCUGUUGAUAACACAGUUCGAAGACCCGAUCGUCGCCAUUGUCGAUGCUACAUAUCCUGACUUUAUUCACAAUUUUCAUUCAAUCCAAUACCUUAAGGGUCGAGCAAUUCUGGCUUCAACAUUAGAAAUUGUGGAACAAAUAAACAAUCAUAUCCUUGACUUAAUCCCAGGAGACAUGCGGGAUUACUACAGCUCAAAUACUGUUUAUAAGUCCGAAAUCAAUGACGACACAGUGGUAAAUAUCCUAACUCCAGAAUUUCUCAGUUCCCUCCGUACAUCUGGUUUGCCUACCCAUCAUUUAAAGUUAAAGGUUGGAACACCAAUUAUGCUCAUGAGGAAUAUUGAUCAGUCAGAAGGACUAUGUAAUGGAACAAGGUUGAUAGUAACAAAAUUGGGGACACAUGUUAUUGAAGCUUCGAUAAUAGCUGGAAAGAACUGUGGCAAUCAGGUUUACAUCCCACGAAUGGAUAUGUCACCUUCCCAAUCACCAUGGCCGUUCAAGCUCAACAGAAGACAGUUCCCCAUUAUAGUGUCAUAUGCCAUGACAAUUAACAAAUCCCAAGGACAGUCUUUGGAUACUGUUGGUCUAUACCUACCAAGGGAUGUUUUUACACAUGGACAAAUAUAUGUUGCACUAUCAAGAGUGACCACAAAACAAGGAAUCAAGAUAUUAAUACAUGAUCAACAUGCAAAAGUUAAAACAACAACUACAAAUGUAGUUUACAAGGAGAUCUUCGACAAUAUAUAA